ACACACACAUACACAUAUACAUAGAUCUCAUAUUUGUCUGCUCAAGACAAUACUCUUGUUGUUCUCCUCCCUCUCCGACGUGUUUUUUCCCGGAUCUUCUCCACCAUAUGGCCCAUCUCGAUUCCCUCCUUGGCCUUCUCUUCAUGAUGAUGCCACCCUUUGAUCUCAACCAGACAGCGGACCCUGCAGGCAACCGCCCCGACAAAGGAAAAGGAGUAUUGGGAGAUCCGAUUGACCUUGAAGGAGGCGGUAGCGGUGGCGGUGGCGAUAGCGGCAGCGGUAGCGGUGGCGCAAAGGAUAAGGGUAAGGCCAUAGCUAUCGACGAUGGCACAGAGCAGAAGGGAAAUUAUUUUGAUCGGAUGGACAUUGACGAUUUUGAUUUAGAAGAAUAUGAUGAUGAUGACAUCGAUUAUGAUGAGGAGACCAGUUCGGAUGAUGAUGACGACGACGACGAUGAGUUAGAUGAUGAUGAUUAUGAUUAUGGGUUUCUAGAAGAUUAUGCGGAGGUCGAUGCCGAGAAGAAAGACAAAGAGAUGCAAGAUUCUCAUGAAUCUCAAACCCCUCCUAAACCCGAAGGAGGUGAUGCUUAGGAGUCUACUAUAUCCGUCAUCAUCAUCACCAUCCAUCAUCCAUCAUCCAUCAUCAAUCAUCCAUCAUCCAUCAUCCAAUAGACCUCCCUUUUGGAAUCUUGCAUCAUUUAUGACUUAUUAGUUAUCUUUUUUAAUAAUUAAGAACUAUAUUAUAUCAUCGUAGUAGUGUUUUAUGUUUUUGUCC